UCACCAGGCGUUUGGGGCGGAAAAUCCGUUAAGUCGAAGACUCCAGAGAAAUUUACAUGCAUACUUUCUUAUUAAUUAUUAUACAUGUAACAGAUUUUGUUUCUAGCAUAGAAUACUUAUUUUGCAUAAAUCUGUUCAUAAGUUUGUACUCUGUUUGUAUGUUUCGCUUUAAGAAGCGCACUUCUUUUCCUGGUCUGAUUCUAUCUGAUUUCUUGUUUGUUUGUUUGUUUAGUUUACUUUUGUUUAGCUUUUAAUUACCUUACCGCUGAAAGGUUCUAUUAAGCCGGAUGGGCGUGUAAUACAGGGACUCAUAACUAGUAUUUCAUGUCUGGAAAAGAUCUGUAAUCUUUCCGAGUUGCGUUAUUUUACCCACCCGUAUUCAUAAGUCCCCGCCUUCUACGCGAGGAUUGGUCAGUAGUCGUGUACUGCAUUUCGCAGCCAAUCCUAGAGCAGGUCUUGAAAUACUAUUAGCAAAUCCUGAAGCAGGAGGCGGAGUCUGACGUAAUACGGGUGGGAAAUGUAAUAGCUCGAAAGUGAAACGUCUUUCACAGUGCAGGCGGCUCGUUAAAAUGUCUGCGGUGACGACGGUGUGUGUGUUGUUAGCAGUUUACAGAAGAGAGCAAGAUUGAGAACUACAGUCCGGAGUUAGGAGUUGAGAGAAACGGAGGAAGGUGAGGAGUACAUAUGGCUUCACCGUGGUGGGAGCAGUUCACCUCGUUGGUGGAAAAUGACACUGCGCGCUCGGACAACAGCUGCUUCAGUGCCACCCAGAACACGGUGCUGAUGGGCGUGAGCUUUGGUGGAGUGCCUGUCGUUUUGCUGCUCGACUUCCUCGUCUUCAUAGUGCUGCUGCUGGUCUUCUCUUGUAUCAGGAAGAAACUCUGGGAUUAUGGGAGAAUAGCACUUGUAGCAGAGGCUGAAGGUUUUAAUGAGAUUUCUAGACGUCGUUAUGGUAGGAUGACAUCAUUCAUGUCCAUUGAGGAGAGUGAGCAUGAGAGGGGAUUAUGUUCUUGGCUGACCUUCAUCAUCAGAAUGGAUGAAACAAUGGUAAAAGAGAGGUGCGGGAUGGAUGCUGUGCACUAUCUGUCAUUUCAGCGUCAUCUUAUUAUUCUCCUGCUCAUCAUCUGUGUGCUGUCUGUUUCUGUCAUCCUCCCAGUCAAUCUGUCUGGAAACCUGCUGGGGAAAGAGCCAUAUAAUUUUGGCAGAACAACCAUUGUAAAUCUUGAGAAUGGCAGGAAUAGCCUGCUUUGGUUGCACACAGUGUUUGCAGUUCUGUACCUCAUCCUCACGGUGGCACUGCUGAGACAUCACACCUCUCUAAUGAAAGGCACCAGAAGAGAGACAGCUAGAACAACGCUGUUUGUGUGCUCCAUCCCUCCCACUGCCAGUGAAGACAGUUUAAGGAUUCAUUUUACAGAGGCAUACCCAUCCUGCGAGGUGAAAGAUGUUCGUUUAUGCUACGAUGUGGCUAACCUGAUCUACCUGACAACUGAAAAGAAGCGAGCAGAGAAAAACUUGCUGUAUUACCGCAAGGUCCUUGACUCCCAAGGGCAGAAGGAAGUCAUCAACCCCCGGCCUUGUGGGCAUCUCUGCAUCUGCUGCACAUGCCAAGGGUGUAAAGGGAUUGAUGCUAUAGAAUACUACAGUUCUCAGGUGGCACAAUUUGAAGAAGAAUUGGCAAAGCAUAAAGACAGUCACAGGCAGCGUCCACUGGGAAUGGCUUUUGUCACACUCCAGACUGAAUCCAUGGCAGCAUAUAUUCUAAAAGAUUUCAAUGCUCUUCAAUGUGGAACUGGGUCUCAGGCAAUGGCAAGAGUGAGAGAAAUAACAUGUGGCUGUAGCAGGGAGCCUCAGCCUUCAUCCACUAGUGAACAGCUGAAAGUAAAAAAAUGGAGAGUGAGCUAUGCAACCCAUCCAAAUAACAUCUACUGGGAGAACCUGUCGAUGCAGAGGUGGUUGUGGUGGUCUCGAUGUAUACUACUGAACAUCUUUCUAUUCAUCCUGCUCUUCUUCCUCACCACUCCUUCGAUAGUCAUCUCUACCAUUGACAAGUUCAAUGUCACCAAACCCAUCCACUACCUAAAUAGUGCUGUUAUCAGUCAGUUCUUCCCAACUCUGCUUCUGUGGAGCUUCUCUGCACUGUUGCCCACUAUAGUCUACUAUUCUACACUGCUGGAGGCCCACUGGACCAGGUUGAGUGAGAAUAUGAGUAUGAUGUACAAGCUGUACAUCUUCCUGCUCUUUAUGGUGCUCAUCCUGCCAUCGCUGGGCCUAACCAGUUUAGAUGUGUUUUUCCGAUGGGUCUUUGAUUCUCAGUUAGACCGGAAGCUGAGGUUUGAGUGUGUGUUUUUGCCAGAUCAGGGCGCAUUCUUUGUGAAUUAUGUGAUCGCUGCUGCACUGGUAGGUUCUGGGAUGGAGUUGCUCAGAUUGCCGAGUUUACUGCUCUACACUGUGCGCAUGGCUCUUGCACGCUCUGCUGCAGAGAGGAAAAAUGUUAAACAGAAUCAGGCAUACCAGUUUGAAUAUGGGGCAAUGUAUGGAUGGACUCUGUGUGUCUUCACAGUCAUUAUGGCCUACAGUAUCACCUGUCCUGUUAUAGCACCAUUCGGUUUUCUGUAUAUAACCUUAAAGCAUCUGGUGGACAAACACAAUCUGUACUUUGCGUACCUGCCUGCCCGCCUUGACCGACAGGUGCACCUGGGAGCUGUCAAUCAAGCCCUUGCCGCACCAAUCAUCUGUCUUUUCUGGCUCUACUUCUUCUCUGUCUUGAGAACAGGAUUCAUGGCUGCCACUUCUCUCUUCACGUUGGUGGUUCUGUGUGUGACCAUUUUCAUUGCCAUUAGUUACACCUGCUUUGGCCACUUCAAGUACCUCAGUCCUCAUAACUACGCUGUUAAGGAAGAAGAUGAAGACUCUGAUGCAACUUCAGAAAGUUCCACUGGUUCUGUGUACCUUCCCAAGGUUUUGUACCCUGAAGAUGCCUCCAUGUCUCCUGCGGAGGUCAGCCACCACCAUUCAUAUGGCACUACAGACGCAAGCCCAGCUGUUCUCAGCACACAAGAAAAGCAGUGAGACUAGGACACUUGACAUGGCUGUCAAUUAACAGAUUCAAGCAAUUAAAAAGCCUAACUUUCACGGCUUUAUGCACUUAAUGUACAAGGCAAGCCUGAUGGUGUAAGAAACUGGGAUGACAGGGGUGUGAAGGUUUACAGAGUAUACUGAGCAGAAACCUGAAAUAGUCAUAGUGUUAACAUUUUGAUGAAGAUGAUGUCACAAAAAUGUUAUUUCCAGAUGUGGGGUGUCAUUUAUGAUUUUUAAAGCAAGAAACAUGAGUAAAUUAUUGAUAAAUUACUAAAGGAUGAGCGCAAUCCUGUCAACAACUAGUUUCUACCAGCACUCCAGAGUUUUGACAUAAUGAUUUAAUGUCACUGCACGUAAAGUAAUUAUUUAAUGUCAUCCACUCUACUAAUGUGAAGUUGUAAGUAAAUAUAGUGAUGUUUUGAAAAACAUGACAUCGGUUUGUUUGGUUUUCAUACCCUUACACCCCAGUCAAUAACAGCAUUACAGCAAAAUGGACACUUUGUAGGGCUAGAAUAAAUUCAGGGAUGGUGGGAUGGGACUGCUUGAUUAAAAAUAUCACAGCCGCUGGACUAUCUACUCUUGAGGUUUCUCAGUAACAAAGCCAUUUCAGCAAAGACCUAAAACCUUCCUCAUCAAGUAUGGUUUACUCUAUGCUCCACUGAAGGGCGUAACCCAAAUGUUGCACAAGGUUUUGGAGCUUUUACCAAGGAGAAGAAGCCAAAUGAAUCAUGGCUGUUUGUCUCUGGGUUAAAGGUUGCUUUAACCAAAUGAGUUCACAGGCUCAGCAGCUGUGUUAGAAACAACUGAUUACAUUUUCUGUCAGUGUAAUGAAUGAUCAUAGAAUUUUUUAGUACAUAAAUAAAUCAAAAUCAAAGGUAUUGUUAGAAAAUGUAAAAUUAUAGUCAAAUACGUGUUGUGAUUUGAUAUCCUGCUUUUGACAUGGUUUGAUAUUGUACUUUGAUGCUUCUAAUAUUUUAAAACCAGAUUUCUGAUAAAUACACUGUUUGUA